UAAUGAAACAACAGUACUUGUAACAGAAGAAGAAGAAGCAGCGCCAUGGCUCUGAAUCUUGUCAGUUUUGAGAAUGCUAACAGCAUCGAAGAAAGAAAAGAAAAGAAAAGACAAGACCGUCGGGAGACUUUGGAAAAGGCAAAGAAGCAGUAUGAGAAGGAAGAAAGGAUGAAAGUGCUGAAGCGGCAAAGAGGAGAGGACACAUGGAUGCUUCCUGAGAUCAACCAAAGGCUACAGCAGAUAGAAGAGGAGGUCUCUGUCAAGAGCAAGAAGAAGUCAAAAAAGAAAAAAGAGAAGAACAAGAAAAAGAAGGCCAAGAAGGAGAAAGCAGCUGAAGACUGUUCCAGUGAGAACUCGGAGGACUCAGAGGAGGAGUGGGUCGAGGCAGAGCCGCACAUUCAGACUGCUAAUGAGUCUAAGUGUGCAGAGAGGAAUCCCAGUCGAGUCCAGGAUAUCCAGAGAGAUGAGUGGAUGAACUUUGACUUCUUGAUGAAAACUACAUCCACAGGAGAGAGACGGGCUGAGAAAGAAAGACUGAAAGAGGAGGAGAGAGCCAGAGCUCGGGCCAUUGAACAGGCUAGUCUGCAAAAGCUGGAGCUAAACCCUUACUGGAAAGAUGGAGGAAGUGGACUGCCUCCAGAGGAAAUGUCACAUACUGCAGUAAAGAAAGGGCAGUUAGUGAAUGAUGGAGGUCUAACCUGGCUGAGGAAAAGCUACCAGAGGAUGAAGGAGCAGGCAGAAAGAGAGCAACGUAAUUUAAAUGACUUGGUGGCUGAAAGAUAUGGGUCGAUGGAACAGUUUCAGAAGAGGCUUGCUGAUGCUGAGAAAGCUGCAAAUGCUCAGACUAGAAGAGAAGAUGCCCCAGCUGGAGUCCGGUGGAGGAAAAGAGAAGAUGAGUCCAAGGAGAAAUGGAGGAGAACUGACAGAGAUUGGGCAGAGCGAGAUCGUUGGAGAGGACAUGAAAGAGAGAGGGACUCAACAAGUGACAGAGAGCCUUGCAAACGAGAAAAAGACAGAGAGAGGGGUGGUUUUCACAGAAACCAAGAUGAGUGUAGAGAGGACAGGAAUAGAGACAGACAGAGGGAUGGAGACAGUGUGAAAGGCAAGAAGAAGAACAGAGAUGGAGAAAAAGGAAGAGAUGAAGAUGGGCCCAGAGGUCCUGGUUGGAAUAGGAAACCAGCAGAACAGCAGCAGGUGACUCUGGACCACAGGGACAGUUCCUCCUCUGCGCAAUACAUGAGUCAGCGUUCUCUUUCUCGUGGGUCACUGAAAGCCUGCUUCAUCAAACCAUCAGAAGAUGACAGUGGUCCAGGUACACUGCCGCUUCCUUUUUCAGAAGGUCAUUCUAAAGGAUUCCUAAAGCCAGGCGCUGGUGAUGACAAGCCAGGUGUUGGGAAUUCCCGUGUUCCAGCCUGGAAGAAGACCAGCAGUCUCAGUCUGGAAUCUAACAUUCCAAAAGAACAGAAAGGUGACAAUGCUGGGAAAGAUGUAACUGUUCCUCCAGAUAGUGUGCAGGGUGACACAGCUGCCGCAAUAUCAUCAAGUGAGGAGGAGGAGGAGGAAGAGGUUCAGCUGAUGACAGAUGAUGACAUGAACAAACUGGGAGCCAAGCUGGUGAAAGCAGAGAUCAUGGGAGACACGGCUAUGGCGGAGAAGCUGAAAUUGCAGUUGGAGGCGGCUCGUAAUGCUAAAGAGAACCACGCCACCAGAAAGAAACUACAAGAAAAGGCAAACUCAAAACAGGUCCCUGGUCACUCAAGUGAAGAUCAGGAAGUCCUGCUGUUCAGAACAGACCAGUCAGGUCGUGCCUGGCCAGUUAAUACCUCCUCUGGGCCUCAGGAACCUCAUGGUGGACGACGGAAGAAGAAACUGAUUGAGACCCAUGUGGAUGGGAAGCGUGUGCGGUACUUUGAGGGUGAUGACAGGUUGAGUCUGCAGGAGAUGGUCAGGAGGGAGAUGAUGAGCUCAGCACAGGAUCAGAAUUCUCUGUACUCCCGCAUGGCUGCAAAGAUGAUGGGGAAGACGGACAGUGACAACUACACGCUGGAUGAUAUGUUUGUUUCGAGUGUGGCACAGAGGGAAGGUGAGGGGCGAGAGGAGGAGAGGAUGAGGAACAGAGCCAUUGGAGAGAGUCGAAAACUGGCUGCCUCCAUGGAGAAAUGCCGACACUGUUUCACCGGCCAAGAGCUGCAGAAACAUCUCAUAGUGGCAAUAGGGAACAAGGUGUAUCUGAGCCUGCCUGCAGGUGUGUCCAUGUCAGAGGGUCACUGUCUCAUAUGUCCUCUCCAGCAUCACUGCUCUGCUACAGGCCUGGAUGAGGAUAUCUGGUCAGAAUUGCAGCUAUUCCGGCGCACUUUGGUGCGUAUGUUCGAGGCCCACGAUCUGGACUGUGUCUUCAUGGAGACAUUCAUGAACCCACGCAGAAGUCCUCACAUGGUGCUAGAGUGCAUCCCACUGCCCCGAGAACUGGGUGAUAUGGCGCCUGUGUACUUCAAGAAAGCUAUCAUGGAGUGUGAUGAGGAAUGGGCCAUGAAUAAGAAGGUUGUUGACCUCUCUUCUAGGGACAUUCGCCAGGCUGUUCCUAAAGGUUUGCCGUACUUUGCUGUUGACUUUGGACUGCAGGGAGGAUUUGCUCAUGUCAUUGAAAAUGAACAGAAGUUCCCUCAUUAUUUUGGCAAGGAAGUGAUCGGUGGCAUGAUGGACUUGGAGCCACGGCGUUGGAGAAAGUUCAUCAGGGAGAACUUUGAUGAUCAGAGAAAAAAAGUUCUGCAGUUUGCACAGCAGUGGAAACCAUAUGACUGUACCAAGACUGGUGACUAGCUGGACACGCCAACAAGAACCUCUCAUGCAGAAUGAACAGGCUGUGCUUAAAGGCGCACAAGACGCGUUUUAUCGCUGUGUCACAGAAAACUUUUGAACCCAAAAAUUCUCCACAGUUUUUGUUUGGUCCACAACAUAUUUUCAUUUGUGUCAUGAGAAACAAAAUGUACAUAAAUAAAAGUAAAUAACUUUAUUGUUGCAUUACAUGAACAGAUUAUUUCAUACUUUCUUUACUUUGCAAAUCAGUUGAGACAGAAAUCUCAUUCUAUCACUUUGUUCUCAUUUUGCCCGAGGUCUCCACAGCAGAAAAAUCUGGAUGUUGAUUUGGCACAAGUUUUACAUGGGAUGAGCUUCCUGUUGGGACUUAAACACACAGCCCCAGGUGUUCCCAGGCUGUCUCCCAGAAAAUGCACAUUUCACAAUGUGAAGAUGAAGACUGU